AUGUCAUCAAGAGGGAGGAAGUGCAAGCCGUCAGUUCCCUGGAUACCGGUAGUCGACUCUGAGCCAACCCCCCAUAUUCCAGAGGCCCUGAAGUACCAAAAAAUUCAGCCACUGAUCCAAGACCGUUCCUGGACGAAGACCGUGCCCUUCAAGCACUUCUUCAAGUACGUGAAACCUUCCGAGAGUAUCGCGAGUUUCUACACCCCCACUGCCUUGAAAUUUCGACUUCAAACGUUGAAGAGACGUCGUAAAGUUGAGCCUCAGACGAAAGAUUUUCUAGGCGACGAUGGAGAGCUCCGUUACCCUCCGAUUUCCCUGGUUCGUGCCCAUGAGGAAGAAGUACGACGGAGAAAUGAAGAGAAAGCGAAAUUGCUGGAGUCUGUGCCUGAAAACGUCAUCAGCCUCGUUGAUCUCGCUGAUGGCACCUGGCUCAGGCGAAAGGCCGAGAAAAGGGAUCGGAAGAUUCAGGAGACGAAGGAAAAAAUUGCGAAAAGAAGAAAAAUGGAGAUUGAAAGGGAAAUGUUCGAGAGAGAGGACUUGAGGAAACGUGAGGCCGACCUCCCGAGGUCUGUGGAGUCCCAACUAGCGGAGCUGUUGGCCUCGAAGGAGAUCGAGAGGACUAAAAAUGUGAAGCCUGAGGAUAUCGAGAAGAUUGGAUUUUUGUGUAACUCGGGUAUCAGGGAUCAUCACUUGGAGCCUUACGAUUGUUUCAACAUUGAAAUGGCGGAGGCGCGAAUAGAGGGGAAAUUGAGGAGAAGAAGAGAUUUCCAUGAACUUUUGAAGGAGUUGGAGCAGGAAAUUAUCGAUGAUUAUAAAAGGAGCGUUCGAAUAGCUAUUCUUGAUUACAUUUUAUUGGAUGAAGAUGAGCAGGAACGCCUGGGGGUGGAGGUAAUUCCUGUUGAGUUUCCAGUGCUUCAUGUUCGUGCACCUGUGCCAUGGCAUCAGUCUAUUGUCAUCGCUACCCAUUUUAACGAGCAUAAUUUGUUCAUUAGUAAUGAGAUUCUCAGGGAGAUAAGAGAUCUGUGGUUUUCGAGAUACAGCUCCAUGCGAAUCAUUCACGUGCAAGACCUGGGCGCCCUCCCAAUUCCAGCCCUCGCCCUCGAGCCGACUGUAGAAUCCCUCUGCUCCCUCGCAAUCGACAAACUGGAGCAUCAGUGGUUGGCGGACGUGGCAGAGCUCUUCCUCGAGAAGAAGCACGCCUGGUGCUCCCUCUUCGAGAAAAAACCCACGACCCCUACCUCCCACAUCGAAAAGUACUUCCGAUCCGUCAACACCCUCCUCUCCCGUCAGCUCCGCAUCAUCCUCCUCGAGACCCUAGAAGAAUUCAAAGACUUCCUCAUCCAAUACAAAGACGGAAACUCAUUUGACGGCGACUACCAGGAUUUGACCUUCAUCCGACCUCCGUUCAUCACAAUCUCCGUGGAACCAAUCCUAGGCACCACUGAACUCCGUCUAAACCCCAGCAUCACCGAACUUCACGACACAGUCUCUCGAUGCUUCAACAAAAUCCUUCAAGUGGGAUCAAGAGUUCCAAAGAUCGAGACCAUCAUCUUUCCGGAAUUCAAGAACACCGGUCACAUGUUCCCAGUCUCAAGAUCCGAGUCAUCAGUCUCCAAAAUCAUCAACGAAGCCCUGGACGCCAUAAAAUCUAAUCAAAAGGGCCCUGACGAUUACUUAAAACACUACAAAGACUUGUCCUACAUUCUGGACGGCCAAGCCACCAAGAACCUCGACAGCUACUUCCAGAUCGAUCCGAUCCCCUUUCUCCGUGAAUUCGGGAACAGAAUCGACGGCUACGAUAUUCUCAGCAAAGAGAUCUGCCUCUUCCGGAACAAGAUCCCCCUGAACCUGAUCGAAAUCGAUUGCUCGAUCGUCAACGCCUCGAUGAGAACAAUCUUACACGACCUCCGAACAUCGAUCUGUGACUUCUUCCUCGAAGAAUUACAAUCGAACAACCGCGAAUUAUGUCACGUGUUCGAUGAGAUCGCGGACAAGAUAUCGGGGAUGCCGGAGACGACUCAAGAAGUUGUCGAUCUCUUCAACUUCUUGGUAGACAGUCGUGACAACACGAUGUUCAGUCUGAGAAGUAAACUAGCAAGAUGUGCAGAACUGAUCCUCUUCUUGUUUGACUACCAGCCGCCGAGUGACGAAGACAUAAAUUUGAACACCCGAACCCUAACAUGGCCGAAGGAGAUGGAAACGGUGAUGGAGCUGGCAACGACGAGACUGAACAUGAGAAAGGAAUUCGUUGAAGGCGUCCUGAGAACGAGACGAGACAACUUCGAGCAGAAGAUAAGCCGAAUGCAACUGGCGAUUGAUCAAUUCAAGAAGAAAGAUCCGCCAGUCUUGACAGUUGAAGAGAUGGAGCAAGCGACCGAGGAGAUUGAACAGCUGUCGGCUACGAUGGCGGAGAUGAGAAAGGAGGCCGAGCAAAUAAACGAGGAGGAAGGCCUUCUGGACAUGGAACUCAGUCCGUACUUGCCUCUCCCUGGAAUGACAUCAACGGUGGAGACUUUCGACAAACUCUGGCACACAGUCCUCCACUUCCACCGAAACUAUGAGAAGUGGUACUACGGUCCUUUCUCAGGUCUGGACGCGGACGAAGUCAGAGAGGAGACUGACAACGCCUGGAGAACAUUGUACAAGCUAGGAAGAGCGCUGACGGACAUCCCCGGAGCUAGGAGAAUCGCGGAGAUGAUACGAGGAAAGGUCGAGAAGUUCAAGCAAUUCAUCCCAGUUCUUCAGACGAUCUGCAAUCCUGGUCUGCAGGCCCGUCACUGGGACCAGAUCAGUAAAGUCGUGGGAGAGACCAUCGUUGCGAGUGAACAGAGCAGUCUCUCCCAGAUGAUUGAGUACGGAUUGCCCGUGCACAUAACUAAGCUCGAAGAGAUCUCGUCGGCAGCUACGAAAGAGCAUACGUUGGAGAAGAAUCUGGAAAAGAUGAAGGGCGAGUGGGAGCAGAUCUACUUUGACUUGACUCCAUAUCGAGAGACAGGAGUGCAGAUUCUGUCGGCUGUUGACGACAUCCAAAUGCUUCUCGAUGAUCACAUUCUUAAGGCGCAAACGAUGAGGGGUUCGCCCUUCGUGAAAGCUUUCGAACACGAGAUGGAGAGCUGGGAGAACAAACUGAUCACCAUGCAAGACAUCAUCGACCAAUGGCUGACGUGUCAAGCCACCUGGAUGUACCUAGAACCGAUCUUCAGUAGUGAAGACAUCAUGCGACAGAUGCCGACGGAAGCCAACAACUUCAGAAAAGUCGAUAAAAUGUGGCGUGGGAUGAUGACUUCAGUCGCUCAGGACAAGAAGGUCACCACCGCCACAGGAAUCCCAAACAUGCUUGACCAAUUUCGACUCUGUAACUCGCUCCUCGACGAAAUCCAGAAAGGAUUGAACGAUUAUCUCGAGAAGAAGCGCCUGUUUUUUCCACGAUUCUUCUUCCUCUCGAAUGACGAAUUGUUGGAGAUUCUGUCCGAGACGAAAGACCCUCAGAGGGUGCAGCCCCACUUGAAGAAAUGCUUCGAAGGGAUUAGUAAACUCAAAUUCACGAAGGAGGAGGAGAUCAUAGGAAUGCUGUCAGAUGAAGAUGAGUACGUUCCGAUGAGCGGAAAGAUCUACCCGGCUGACGCGAAGGGAAUGGUGGAGAAGUGGCUCUGCCAGGUGGAAGAAAUGAUGAUCACGUCGUUACGAGACAUCGCGCAGGACAGUGUGAUUGCUUACUUCACAGCAGUGAGGGAAGAAUGGAUCCUCUCCUGGCCGGGACAGAUAGUCCUCUGCGGAAGCCAGAUCCACUGGACAAGCGAAGUCAUCGAGAGCUUUGAGGACGGCUCCACCCCGAACUAUUUACACAAAUGCAGUGAUCAAAUUGACAGAACAGUGGCGCUCGUCCGAGGGAAGCUAGACCCGGGGACCAGGAUAACUUUAAACGCUCUGAUUGUCAUUGACGUCCAUGCCCGAGACGUCGUGAAAAUGCUGGUGGAACGGGAAGUGAAGGACGCGAUAGACUUCAAUUGGAUCUGUCAGCUCCGAUAUUACUGGCUGGAAGGGGCGAUCACAGUAUCGAUGAUCACAACAGAUGUCAUCUACGGGUUCGAGUACUUGGGGAACACCCCUCGUCUCGUCAUCACGCCAUUGACUGACAGAUGUUACCGGACGUUGAUGGGCGCCCUGAAACUGAACCUGGGAGGAGCGCCAGAGGGUCCUGCUGGUACCGGAAAGACGGAGACAUCUAAGGACCUCGCGAAAGCUGUUGCCAAACAGUGCGUCGUCUUCAACUGCUCGGAAGGUCUCGAUUACAAGGCCAUGGGGAAGUUCUUCAAAGGUCUAGCUCAAUCCGGCGCUUGGGCCUGCUUCGACGAGUUCAAUAGGAUCGAGCUGGAAGUUCUGUCCGUAAUCGCUCAGCAGAUCCACACGAUCCAAAUGGCGAUUAGCAUGAAGGUCGAACGUUUCCUCUUUGAAGGGACCGAGUUGAAGUUGAAUCCAACGUGCAAUGUCUUCAUCACUAUGAAUCCUGGAUAUGCCGGGCGUCAAGAGCUUCCUGAUAAUCUGAAAGUUCUGUUCAGAACCGUCGCUAUGAUGGUCCCCGAUUACGGAAUGAUUGGAGAGAUCACUCUGUACUCCUACGGGUUCAUCGACGCCAGGAGUCUGGCUGAGAAGAUCGUUCACACUUAUAAGCUGUGCUCUGAACAGUUGAGCUCCCAGAGCCAUUACGACUACGGUAUGAGGGCUGUGAAGACCGUACUAACAGCUGCUGGUAAUCUGAAGCUCAAGUAUCCGAAUCAGAACGAAGCGAUUCUUGUCCUGAGAGCUAUUGUGGAUGUCAACCUCCCCAAGUUCUUGGCUCAGGAUGUUCCCCUGUUCAAAGGAAUCUACAGCGAUCUGUUCCCGGGAGUGGACCUUCCUAAUCCCGACAGGGACGAACUGAUUGAACUGUUGAAAGGAAAUCUGGAGAAGAGGAAUCUCCAGGCGACCGAGUGGUAUGUCGACAAAGUCAUUCAAAUCUACGAAAUGAUCUUGGUCAGGCAUGGAUUGAUGGUCGUAGGAGAUACUUUAGGCGGAAAAACCCAGGCGUAUCAAGCCCUCGCCGAUGCUCUUGGAGAGCUUUCGGUCAAACGCAAAGCUGUGAUCAAGGAAUUCAAGACGAUUUACAGGAUCAUCAAUCCCAAGGCGAUCACCAUGGGGCUACUCUACGGAUCUUUCGAUCCGAUUUCUCACGAGUGGAGCGAUGGAAUCCUCGCAAACACCUUCCGAGAGUACGCGCAGUCCUUCAGCUUUGACCGAAAGUGGAUAGUUUUUGAUGGGCCUGUUGACGCCGUGUGGAUUGAGAACAUGAACACAGUACUAGACGAUAACAAGAAGCUUUGUUUGAUGUCCGGGGAGAUCAUCAUCAUGUCAAAUAAGAUGAAUAUGAUGUUUGAGCCGGCUGACCUUGAUCAGGCCUCACCGGCUACGGUCAGCAGAUGUGGGAUGAUCUACAUGGAGCCCUCCCAGCUGGGGUGGCAACCGAUCUUGGAGAGUUAUAAGAAGGAUUUGAGGCAGAGGAUCCUGGUGGAACAGUUUGAGUUGAUUGUAGAACUCAUUGAGUGGCUCACGCCGUCGAUCUUCUGGUUCAUCAAAGUAAGCUGUCGGACGUUUGUCGAUACUUCCGAACUGCAUAUGUUCUUGUCUUUCACGAGAAUGUUGAGUACGAUGCUGGAGGGGGAGACACAGGUGAGCACGGUCUGGCUGCAAUGUGUCAUGCUCUUCUCCAUGAUCUGGGGAUUCGCAUCGACGCUAGUAAGCGACAGUCGAAAGGAGUUCGACUUGUUUUUUCGAAAGCUGUUAGACGGGAAGAUAGAUGAAUACCCGAAGCCCAAGGCUUUCAAGCUAUCCAAGCAACAACUGUUCCCCGAUCGAGGGACCAUUUAUGAUUGGCUAUACGAUAAGAGGAACAACGGAAGUUGGAUUUCGUGGAUGGACACCGCUCCUCCGGUGACCCUUCCGCCAACCGCGAAAGUGAGUGAUCUGAUUAUUCAAACGAAUGAGGUCUCGAUGCAGCGAUUCUUCAUAAAGAGGCUCCUGGACCGGUCGAUCCCGAUCCUCUUCGUGGGUCCUACAGGCACCGGAAAGUCCGCCAUAGUCCUGGACUACCUGGUCAACCUCCCCAAGGAGAAAUAUAUCCAGAACGUGGUAAACUUCAGCGCUCGGACCAGCGCAGCGCAGACCCAGGAGAUCGUAAUGUCGAAGCUGGAUCGACGUCGGAAGGGAGUCUACGGCCCGACAAUGGGCAAGAAGUGCAUCCUCUUCGUCGACGACCUGUCAAUGCCCCAGAAGGAAGUCUACGGAGCCCAGCCCCCGAUAGAACUCCUCCGUCAGUGGAUAGACCACGGCUACUGGUUCGAUCCAAAGGAUACAACAAUCAUCUAUCUGAUGGAUAUCCUCAUGAUAGCUGCGAUGGGUCCUCCAGGAGGCGGCUCCAACGUCGUAACCCCUCGCUUAACUCGUCACAUGCACAUAAUUGGAAUCGACGCCUUCGAGGACGCCACGAUGACGAAGAUCUUCACGUCAAUCCUAGACUGGCACUUCGCUAAGGGCUUCGACUCCAGUGUCUCUCGGUUCGGCAAAAUGCUGGUCUCGGCAACGAUGGACAUUUUCCAGGACGCCAUCCUCAACUUCCUCCCGAUCCCUGCGAAGAGCCACUACACUUUCAACUUGAGAGAUUUCAGCCGAGUUAUCAGUGGAAUCGUCCUCGUUCCAUCCUCCAGAAUGCGGGACCCUGAUAAGCUCAUUAAACUCUGGAUCCACGAGGUUUACCGAGUUUUCCACGAUCGAUUGGUGGACGAUCAAGACAGAGAAAUCCUCUUUAAAAUGGUGAAACGAGUCACUUACGAUCAGCUUCGUCAACCCUUGGACAAAGUCCUAUCAGACUACCUCAAAGAGGACGAGAAGACGAUCACAAGUGCUCACAUUCGCGAUCUAUUUUUCGGGAUGUACAUGGAGCCCGAUGCGGACCCGAAGAUCUACGAUCAAGUGACCGAUCUAAACGAUCUUCAAGAGAAGAUGGAGUACUACUUAACCGAGUACAAUAUGAUGUCGAAGACCCCAAUGUCUCUAGUUCUCUUCAGAUACGCGAUCGAGCACAUCUCGAGGAUUUCAAGAGUCCUGAUGCAGGACAACGGCAACGCAUUGCUAGUCGGCGUCGGUGGCUCGGGACGAUCUUCCUGCUCGAAGCUAGCUACGGGGAUCUGCGAGUAUAUUCUUCACCAAGUCGAGAUCACCAGGAGUUACGGGCCAUCAGAAUGGCGGGACGACUUGAAACAUCUCCUCCUGAAAGUCGGCUGCGAUGGCAAAUCGACAGUCUUCCUUUUUGCCGACAAUCAGAUCAAGGACGAAUCAUUUGUAGAGGAUAUCAACAUGAUCCUCAAUACUGGAGACGUGCCAAAUCUCUACGGAACGGAGGAGAAAGCUGAGAUCCUCGAGAAGAUGACGAAUGCGGCGAGAGAGGAUUCCGCGAAACGAGUUGAGACUACCCCAAUGGCUUUGUACAAUCUCUUCAUCGAGCGCGUAAAGAAGUUCCUCCACAUCGUGCUGACGAUGUCGCCUAUUGGUGACGCCUUCCGCAAUCGCAUCCGCAUGUUCCCGUCGCUGAUCAACUGCUGCACCAUCGAUUGGUAUAUGCCAUGGCCUCCCGACGCCCUCGAAAAAGUCGCGACAAUCUCCCUGAAAGACCUAGACAUCGACGACAAAAUCAAACAGAAAUGCGUCGUUGUCUGCAAGAACUUCCACGAAACCGUUCAACGAUCGAGCGAAGACUACCAACGAACUCAAGGCCGAACUAAUUACGUCACGCCAACAAGCUUCUUAGAGCUGAUCAAGUCAUUGUACAAAUUGUACGGUCAGAAAGUUAACCAGAUCACGUCUCAGCAGAACCGGUAUGAAGUGGGUUUGGAAAAGUUGGACUUUGCUGCAGGUCAGGUCGCAGUGAUGCAGGAGGAGCUGCAUGCUCUGCAGCCAAAACUAGUGGCUCAAUCCCAGUUGAGUGACAAAUUGAUGAUUAGGAUCGAGCAAGAUACUGUGAACGUCGAAGCAAAGAAAGAAGUCGUGGCUGCGGACGAAGCCCUAGCGAACGAAGCCGCAGCUGCCGCACAAGCCAUCAAAGACGACUGCGAGAGCGACCUUGCGGAGGCUACCCCAGCCCUGGAAGCUGCACUUUCAGCCCUGGACACCUUGAAGCCUGCUGACGUAACGAUAGUGAAGUCCAUGAAGAGUCCACCCGCCGGUGUUCGUCUAGUGAUGGAAGCUGUCUGUGUUCUGAAAGGAGUGAAACCAGAACGGGUUCAGGACCCUUCGGGGGUGACGAUAGACGACUACUGGCCGGCCUCGAUCAAGGUCCUCGGGGACAUGAAGUUCCUGGAGAGUCUUAAGACCUUCGACAAAGACAACAUUCCUCCGGCUUACAUGAAACGAAUCAGGGAGAGAUUCAUGAACGACAGGAGCUUUCAGCCCGAAGUCAUCAAGAAGGUGUCGACUGCCUGCGAGGGCUUGUGCAAGUGGGUGCGGGCGAUGGAGGUCUACGAUAGAGUGAUCAAGGUCGUGGCUCCUAAGAAGGCCAUGCUUGCGGAGGCUGAGGCUGAACUUGCCGCGCAAAUGGAGACGCUGAAUGCGAAGCGAACUCUUCUGCAAGAAGUCACAGACAAAUUGCAGACUUUGAACGACGAGUUCGCAGAGUGCAUGAGGGAGAAGAAGAAACUCGAGGAUCAGAUUGACCACUGCAUGCAGAAAUUGGACAGAGCUGAAAAGCUUCUUGGUGGUUUGGGCGGAGAGAAGACCAGGUGGAGUGAGACAGCGUCGAAUCUUGGCGCUAGUCUCGGUAAUGUCAUAGGUGAUGUCCUGCUAUCCUCUGGGAUCGUCGCCUAUCUGGGAGCCUUCACAGUUGAGUAUCGGAAUAAUCUGAUCAGUGAGUGGCACAAAACCUGUCGAGACAUGAAAAUUCCAUGCAGCGUUCACUUUAGCCUCCCGGACAUCCUAGGAGAAGCUGUGGAAAUCAGGGCUUGGAUGAUUCAUGGCUUGCCGGCUGACAACUUCUCUGUGGAAAAUGGAAUCAUCGUGAAGUACGCGGACAGGUGGCCCUUAAUGAUCGACCCGCAGGGACCGGCGAACAAAUGGAUUAAGAAUAUGGAAAAGCAGAAUAAGCUGAACGUCAUCAAACUUACUGAUCCCAACUACGUCAGGAUCAUGGAAAACGCUAUUCAACUGGGACUUCCGGUCUUGUUGGAGAAUAUUCUUACGGAGUUAGACGCGAUUCUCGAGCCUGUUCUCCUGAAGAACAUCUACAAACAACGAGGAGUAAUGUACAUGAAGUUUGGGGAGAAUGUCUUGGAGUACAAUGAAAACUUUCGGUUCUACAUCACCACGAGACUUCGAAACCCUCACUAUCUCCCGGAAAUCGCGGUCAAGGUGACUUUGUUAAACUUCAUGAUCACUCCUCAGGGGCUUCAAGAUCAACUCUUAGGGAUAGUAGUGGCAAAAGAUCUCCCAAUCCUCGAGGAGAAGAAGAACCAGCUGAUCGUCGAAGGAGCGAACAACAAGCGAAUCCUCAAAGAAAUCGAGGACAAGAUCCUCGAAGUUUUGUCGUCGUCCGAGGGGAACAUCCUCGAGGACGAAACGGCGAUAAAAAUCCUAUCAUCAUCAAAACUAUUAUCGGAAGACAUAGAAGCGAAGCAGAAAGUUGCUGCCAAAACGACUAUUGAGAUCGAUGACGCUCGCGACGGCUACAAGCCAGUUUCACGUCACGGAGCCGUUCUUUUCUUCUGCAUCUCAGAAUUGGCGAAUAUCGACCCGAUGUACCAGUACUCUCUCCCCUGGUUCAUCAACCUCUAUAUAUCUGCGAUCGUUAGCAGCGAAAAGUCAGAAGACUUGAACGUUCGAAUCGAGAGUUUAAACUCAAUCUUUACAAGAAGCAUCUACAGAAACGUCUGUCGAUCGCUCUUCGAGAAAGACAAGUUGAUCUUCUCCCUGGUUCUGUCAGCUGGCAUUCACCGAGCCGAAGGGCGAAUUCAAGAAGACUUGUGGUCUUUCUUGUUGACCGGAGGCGUUGCCCUUCACAACCCUCACAAGAACCCUGAUCCCAGCUGGUUAACAGAUAAAUCCUGGUCUGAAGUCACUAGAGCUGACGCCUUAACAGGUCUCCAAGGCCUCAGACGAUCUUUCGAGGAGAACCUUUCAUCCUGGAAGGAGUACUACGAUCUGUCCAACCCUCAGGAUCACUUCUUUCCCGAACCUUUCAACAAGGUCGGCCGCGAAGAACUAAGAAGCUUAGUAAUACUUCGCUGCGUCAGACCAGACAAGCUAGUGUCAGCAGUUCAAAGCUUCAUUUCCUUGAACAUGGGUCAGGCCUUCAUAGAACCCCCACCCUUCGACCUUCAAGCCUCCUACGACGACUCGACCAAGACAUCCCCACUCAUUUUCAUCCUGUCCCCCGGAUCGGACCCGAUGGCGGGCCUCAUCAAAUUUGCUGAGACAAGAGGGAUCCUCAAGAAAAAUCUCAUGACGAUCUCUCUGGGUCAGGGGCAGGGUCCCCUCGCUGCUGACAUGAUCAAGAAGGGCAUCCAGUCCGGAGAAUGGGUAGUCCUCCAAAAUUGUCAUCUCGCCGAGUCUUGGAUGAAGGAACUAGACAGAAUCUGUGACGAGACCAUCAUUCCGGAGAACACCCACGAUAAAUUUAGAGUCUGGUUGACAAGUUAUCCGUCGAAAGCGUUCCCUGUGUCAAUCCUACAGAACGGUGUGAAGAUGACAAACGAACCACCUAAAGGACUCAAGCAGAACCUUUUGAGAAGCUAUCUUAACGAUCCAAUAUCGGACCAGAAGUUCUUCAGGAGCUGCAAGCGAAUCAUCGAGUGGGAGUCUCUCCUCUUCUCCUUGUGCUUCUUCCAUGCAGUAGUCCAAGAACGACGACAAUUCGGACCAUUGGGUUGGAACAUCCCUUACGAGUUCAAUGAAUCCGAUCUUCGGAUCAGUGUCCUUCAGCUUCAGAUGUUCCUGAACGAUUAUGAAGAGGUUCCCUUCGAGGCUUUGUUGUAUUUAACUGGCGAGUGCAAUUACGGAGGUCGAGUCACUGAUGACAAGGACAGAAGACUGCUGAAUUCCUUGCUGAAGAAUUAUUACAAUCCUGAAGUGAUCAGCAAUAAGGAUUACACUUUUUCGCCGAGUGGAAAGUUCAAGAUUCCGACGGACACAGAUUAUGAAGGGUGUUUGGAGUAUAUCAAGACUCUGCCGAUCAGUGUAUGGCCGGAGGUCUUUGGGCUUCAUGACAAUGCUGAUAUCACGAAGGAUAAUAAUGAAUCAAUGCAGCUAUUGGGGGGAGUUCUUCUCACCCAGACGCAGAUAAGCGUCGGUGGGGCCGAGGGAGACGCUGAUGCCAUGGUCUCGCUUCUGGCGAGUGAUAUUCUGACCAAAAUGCCGGAGCAGUUUAACAUUGAAGAAGUCUCUCAGAAGUAUCCUGUGCUGUACAUGAACAGCAUGAAUACAGUCUUGAGGCAAGAGUUGAUAAGGUUCAAUAGGUUGACUGCAGUCAUCAAGGGAUCGUUGAAGAAUGUCCAGAAGGCGAUCAAGGGACAGGUGGUGAUGUCCGCGGAGCUGGAGGAGGUGUUCUUGAGCAUGAGCGUUGGAAAGGUGCCUGGGGCCUGGGACAAGAAGUCGUACCCCUCCUUAAAGCCACUGGGGAGUUAUGUGAGCGAUCUGAUGAUGAGGAUCAAGUUCUUCCAAGAUUGGAUUGAUCACGAUGCACCGAACGUUUACUGGCUGUCUGGGUUCUUCUUCACGCAAUCGUUCUUGACGGGAGUUAUGCAGAAUUAUGCCAGGCUGCAUAAGAUCCCGAUCGAUCAUCUGGACUUUGAGUUCGAGGUGAUGGGGGACGUGGAGGAGGUGGGGGAGGCAGCAAGUUCUGGGGUUUUUACUCAUGGACUGUUUUUAGAAGGUGCACGUUGGAAUAAACAAGUCAAUGAGCUAGAUGAAUCCAAACCGAAAAUAAUAUUCGACAUCCUGCCAGUGCUGUGGCUGAAGCCGGGCGAAAAAUCGAAAUUCAGACCGCCACCGAGUUAUGCCUGUCCGGUGUACAAAACCAGCGCGAGACGAGGAGUUCUAGCUACCACAGGUCACUCAUCCAAUUUUGUGAUGUAUAUACUGAUUCCAACGAGAAUGCAAGAGUCUCAUUGGAUCAAUAGAGGUGUUGCUUGUCUUACGCAACUUGAUGACUGA